AUGGCAGACAUGUCCUACGAAGAUACUCAACAUCUGAUUGACUCUAUUACCAGCACGGGCUUCGACCACCUUCUGAAUGACCACAAGGAUGACAAUGCUACUGAGGAAGUUGGCGAAGAUACAAAGGUAUCUAUGCUCAUGGACCCCAGCAACUCCAACUUUCAGAACCAUCAGGCCCAACAUGGAAUUGAGAACGAAGGUCUGCUGGCAUCUAAUUCUUUUGAGAAAGAGUUUAUGGACGCAUGCAAGGCAGCAAAUGCCAGGAUCCCAAAUUCUUCUGGGUCUGAUGCACAGUUGAGUGGUCUUGACAACAGUGGUAGUACUAUCGGCGAGGAUGUUGUCCAAGGUCCUGUCUCUACUGCUCUCACACCUGCGACUCAGUUCUCUUCGCCCACGAAUCCUAAGGACUACCUACCAAAGUCGUUCCAGACACAGCCAUAUCCGCCACUUAGUAAUCAGGCUCAGUCUUACCCUGUCCCGAUGGGUCAACCAUUCUAUGAUCAGACGGCCCUUCAGCAAAUGCAACCCUUUCCAGUACGACAACCCACUGGCCUUGGCGGACGUCAGAUUAGGCAAACUCAAUACCCCCAGCAGCAACUCUUCGUCUCCGUGAACAAUCAACUUCAUCAACCUCUCCCUGGGCAAGUAUCUUACCCAGCCUUCCAAGUCUCUCAACCUCACAAACCCCCCUCUCAAGCACCACCCCGCAAAGGCCCUGCCCCCGGCGAACCAACCCGUCACAAGAUCCCAGCCAACCCAGCCAACAUCAAAGCCCACACUUUAGAGCAGCAGUCACUCCUCUCAGAGCUGGAGCACUUCACCCACGAAUACCAGGGCUACAUCACGAACCCAGUUCAAGCUCGCCACAUAGGUAACAUCUUUCUCUCCCUGGCACAUCAUGAAGUAAAAGUCACUCCGCCAGACAUAGAUCCCACAUUCCCCCGAACGCACGAAGCGUACCGCGCUCGUGUGCAGGAACUCUUCAUGGCUAUUGUUGACUGGUCGAAUCCUAGGGGAUGGCGAACGAAGAUGGGAUCGAAGCUUGCUGCGCAGUGGGUUGAAGAAGUCAUGGCCUAUCGAAAGAAUGUUGGGCUUUCUGUUGAGCCGUCUGAUAUGCUUGAUCACCAAAUCGAACCUCCUCUUGAUAGGAUGCCCCCGGUGAAUGAGCAGUGGAAGAAUGUCGUUCAUCGUCAGUUGUCCAACAUUGAGAUUGAGAUUCUCAGUUCCAAGAUUCUCGACUCAGCCAUGUUGUCGCAGCAGGAUCGGAACUAUGACAACAAGGUUUUGAUUCACUCGGCUCUACGCUCAUCGUGGCUCUCCCGAAUCACCAACUCCCCGGUUGCCGAGCUUGUCCGCAAGGAGAACAAUAAGGCUGGUAAUGACAAGAAGCGAAAUGCCGCUCACCGUCAGAAUGGCAAGGGUGCGAAGAGACCUCAGAAUGAAGAGAGUGAAGAUGAAGAAGAGGGUAGGAAGACGAAGAGGAAGCGAAACUGA